GGGGCGCCACCAGCAGUCCGCCGAGAGUAGUGCUCCGGUCGAGUCGCGCGUUUCGUGUGCUGCUGCAGGCCAAGUUAUACUUUCCCGUCGUCGUCGCCGCCGAUAUCACCGAACAUCAUCGCACUUGCCACCGCUGUACGAUAUAACACGGUACACGAUAAUCCUCCUCCGUGUCGGCGGCAGUAGCCAAGAGGUAUACAGGGGACGACAGACAGAGGUAGCUGCGAAGGGCCGAGCGACGGCGCGUCGUCGCGCGCGCGCGCCAGGAACAGCAGCAGAGUCUGCUCGAACAAGUUCUGUGUGUGAAUAAGAAGAUAUAUCUGCCGCGAAGACCGCCCACGCGCUCGACGACAACGCUCGCAGCUGCUGCCCGCUCCCCCUGUGGAAGACGCGAUGUCGAUGGCGGUGCAUUGAGGGGCUACAUCGCGCGCAGUGCCGGCUGCUGACUGAAGUGUUUGCUCGCUUCUCGCUUCUCUUCGUCGAGGAAUCUGCCGGGUCACAAACUCGAGGAUCAUGAAAAUGGUGUUGUCCCAACGUCAGAGGGAGGAGUUAAACAAGGCGAUCGCAGACUAUCUCAGCGCAAACGGUUAUCAAGAUGCUCUUGAGGCUUUUAAGAAGGAGGCUGAUAUGCCCGGUGAGGUCGAGCGCAAGUAUGGGGGCCUUCUCGAGAAGAAGUGGACCUCCGUCAUUCGGUUACAGAAAAAGGUAAUGGAACUGGAAUCAAAGCUGUCAGAGGCCGAGAAGGAGUUCAUCGAGGGAGCCCCAACGCGCGGCAAGCGAUCGCCCUCCGACUGGAUACCCCGACCGCCGGAAAAGUUCUGUCUGACCGGUCACAGGGCCACCAUCAACCGGGUCGUUUUUCAUCCGGUCUUCAGUCUCGUCGUCACCGCCAGCGAGGAUGCUACCAUCAAGGUGUGGGACUUUGAGACAGGCGAGUUCGAACGGACGCUUAAAGGUCACACGGACAGCGUGCAGGACAUAGCAUUCGAUACUAGCGGCAAGCUCCUCGUCUCCUGCAGCUCGGAUAUGACUAUAAAGCUGUGGGACUUUCAGCAAUCGUUCUCUUGCAUAAAAACGAUGCAUGGCCACGAUCACAACGUUAGCUCGGUUACGUUCGUGCCGCAGGGCGACUUCAUAGUUAGCGCCUCGCGCGAUAAGACUAUCAAGAUCUGGGAAGUUGCAACUGGCUACUGUGUCAAGACUCUCACUGGACACAGAGAAUGGGUCAGGAUGGCUCGAAUUAGCCCCUGCGGCGAGCUCAUCGCCAGCUGCUCCAACGAUCAGACCGUCAGGGUCUGGCACAUUGCUAGCAAAGAGACUAAGGUUGAGCUGAGGGACCAUGAUCACGUGGUAGAAUGCAUUGCCUGGGCGCCAGACUGCGCAAGGGCGACCAUUAAUGCGGCAGCUGGGGCUGACAACAAGGGUGCCCAUGAGGGCCCGUUCCUAGCUUCGGGAUCGCGAGACAAGACAAUCCGCGUCUGGGAUGUCGGCAGUGGCGUCUGCCUUUUCACUCUGCUUGGACACGACAACUGGGUCAGGGGCAUCGUUUUUCAUCCAAGCGGCAAGUUCAUCGUCAGCGCAUCCGACGACAAGACGUUGCGAGUAUGGGACACGCGCAACAAGCGAAACAUGAAGACACUCGAGGCUCACGCCCACUUUUGCACCUCAGUCGAUUUCCACAGGAAUCAUCCUUACGUGGUCACAGGCAGCGUAGACCAGACGGCGAAGAUCUGGGAAUGUCGCUAGUCACCGAGCUUUCGUGGUUUUUUUCGAUGUUCGAAGAAAUCGAAUGCAAAGCAAAGAAUUUUUUUUAGGAAUACGGAGCGAGAACCGUGUUUCCGAUACAACAGGAACGGCCGAACGAGUAAGCUGCUGCAAAAGCUAUCGUACAUACAAUUAUUAUAAUUAUUAUACACAUACACAUACGGUUAAGAGCUCUUUAAUUAAUUUAUAAUAAAGUAUAAUUAGUAAUUAAUAUUAUACAUGUAUCGUUUCACGACAAUGAUCUACACUCGAUACACGAAAGGAACGAGCGAGCGGAGAGAAAGAAAGAGUGCCAGAGCGAGUGAGAGUGAUAGAAAGAAAGACAUAAAACAGACGAGAAGGGAGAAAGAGAGCUCGUAUUAAUUGUAGCUCGACAGUUUCCUAACAACGCCUUUGAAAAUAAAAAAAAUAAAUAAAACACAUGCACACUCAUACGUGAAAAAGAUAUUUCUAUAUUGCAGUACUUAUAAUUUUACUUGGGACUGCUUUUUAUCUGAACUCUUUCUUCGUCUUUUCUUCCAUUUCGCGUUUCUCUCAGAAACCCGAGCUCAACAAUGUGGAAUAUAUUCCAAAAUAUUAAUCGGAUUAAAUGCUACCGGCACUGACACGGAGUGAGCGAAAUGAUUUUAAUGGGAAAUGUUCUUAUGCUCUUCCUCUCUGAGCCUGCGAAUUACCAUCUUAAGGACCAUUAUCGAUUGUAAUACGAUGUACAGGUGAUCGACUGAUUUCUGUAAAACUGUAGCAAGACGAUGUAUCGAGAAUAUUAUAUAUGAAACAAAAGAAUGAUUUGAUUUAUUGCCGAUUAAAGCGAGUGCAAUUUGAAAGAUUUCACGAGUAUAUAUUUAAGCAAAUGCCACUGCAAGUCAUUACUCGAGUUGUGUCGAGUCUGAAAAAAAUUGUACACCCCUACAUAUAUAUUUAUAUAUAUAUAUGAACGUAUUAGACACAUACAGACAAAAACGUACACGCAAACGAACACUCACACAAAACAGAUUUACACAGCAUGAAAAUACACAUACACGAGAAACACGCCAGGUGCGACACAGACACGACGUAUGUAUAUAUCCGCGUAUAAUAUUAUGUAUUGUUACGAUACUUUCUGGCCGACGCUGGCGAAAAACAGCACUUGCCAGAUCGCAAAACUAUCGAUUGGGUGAUAAUAAGCAACAAUCUGACGUUCCUCUUGAAUAUUAAUAUAAGUCCUCGAGUAAAGUUUCAACUUCUUUCUUUCUCGUCGACUUUGCGCGUUGUCGAAAGCUGUUACAUAUUGUUAGCCUUUUCAAAACGAAUUGAUUUAAAACAUGUUGAAUGAAGCAAAACAAUCAAUAAUCACACACACAGACACAUAUAUAUGAGUACAAUAUACGUUUUAUCCUAAAUUCAAACAUGUAACUUGUCUUUUAUCCACCUUCUUGAUGCAACCUGUUUGAUUUAGGAUGGAGCUGUCGAAGCAAAAGCAUGUAGAAUUAAAUUGAGAAAAUUCAGCUUUUCGCCAGCGCUUGGCGUCCAAUUGACGUGCAUUAAUAAUAUUAAAAAAUAAUAUUAAUGAUAAUAAUAUUAAAUAACAAUGGUAUAAUAAUAUAAUAUUAAUAAUGAUUAUACUCUAGAUGAUGAAGUUGACUAUUUAGUGUGAGUGCAAAGCUCGGAGUAUUGGUAAAAUCCGUAAAACUAAAAGGAAAUUUCUUUACUAUAAUUGUCGUAUAUGGAGAUCCUAGUGCAUGUAUAGCUUGUUUUCUGAAGAUGAAAAAACGCGGCAGCAGAUCACUUUAUUGUAAUAAUGAAACGAUCGAUCAAUUAGUUGAUUGAUCCUAAUCAAAGGAUUAAUUAAAUAGGGGUACUUGGCUUCAGAGCCUGCAACCAUGAUCCAUGUAUUGAACUUAUGCAAAACAAAAAUAUCGAAUUCCGAGAGAGUAUGAUUGUAUAUUUUGCAAAUCCGCGUCCUGCAUGCAAACAAAAUACAGGUGUGUACGUAGGUGUUAUGAACUUGUCCGUGGAUAACUUUUUCUUUCAGUAUAACGAUUAUUCUUAUUUUUUUUAAGUAGCUUAACGACGCAAAUACGAGGUACAAACCGAUGUAGAUUUGACGUAUAAAAAGUGAUUUUUAAGUGUUGUAAAAGAAUCUUAACCGUGCGCAGUGAUUUUAACUUAACUCGAGGAUGAACUUUUGGAUCAGCAAAUCGAUAUGUAUCGCGAUUGAACACCAAGCCUCGUUCUGGAUUCCUGUUUAACGAGUCAAACGAAAAAGAUUUGAAAAGAAAUGCGAAAUGCGAGUUAGUCAGCACUUUAACAAGCACCCAGCUCGACAUACAUAUUAUUAAAACUCAGAAAUAAAACAACCUUCGACUGAUGUGGUAUACUAAUUUAUUUUGAUGAUAAAUAAUAAAGCAGAGUUGUCCAUUCUCUCACUGCAGUUGAAACUGCCGUUAUCUAUUUUUUUUUCAUUUAUACGUAAAAAAGAACCAAUAUGUUAUGUACGUUUCUUUUUUUUCUAUUUAUAUUGUGUAAUGCGGUUGAAAUGUCGAAAACGUCGAGGUAGAAUCAGUCAGGGAUAUUCGUACUUGUAACUAGAAAACUAAAGAGUCUUAAAAGCAGAUUAGGACCGAUAACAAAAAAAACUUAUAAUGGCCGCUUAUCUUCGUAGCUGCUGUAUUAGGUAGUUCUCUGUAGUUGUCGCUUCCUUUGGUUUUCUAUACGCUUUUCGGCAAGAACUCGAUUAAUAAUGAGAAAAGUAUUAUUAUUCAUGAUUUGUGAUAUACACGAGAAACAUCUGCCAAUAAAAAUAUCUUGAAAACCAA